ACACAGAUAGAAAUAUGGGAUGUUGUUUAAGUUGGCGUGCUCGUGAAACGAAAUCGAGCCACCGGACCCCCUCCCAAAACCAACACUAUUACUCUCUACACUCCACACUAUACACUCUAGAGAGAGAAGAAGAAAUCCAUUUAGAGAGGGAGAGUGAGAGCCAAUUGUCUCUAUCUUUGUUUGUAGACUCAAAACUGUGAGAGAAGCCAAACCCAUUCCCAUUCUCCUUCUCUCUCACUCAAUCCUUGUCUGUUGUUCCAACCUCCUCAGUAUUUUUGUUUCAUAGCGAAAUGUGAAGGGAUCUUUUGCUCAAUUAGCUUGUUAUGCAAAUCUGAGUUUGGUUAGUUGUGCAAAUAUGAACGGGAAUGGACAAAUGGAGGUGCAUUACAUAGACACCGGCUUCCCUUACACGGCUACUGAAAGCUUUAUGGACUUCUUUGAAGGUCUUACUCAUGCCCCCGUGAACUAUGGUCACGCCAUGCCCGUGCAUGAUCAGGCAUCUGCAUACUGGUCAAUGAAUAUGCACUCCUACAAAUUUGGACUCUCUGGUCCGGGGAAUACUUCUUAUUAUGGUCCUUAUGAGGUAAAUCCUCAUUUUCCGAGAAUGGAUAUGAGCAGGAGGGCAUGGGAAUAUCCUUUAAUGACGAAUUCAGAAGAGCCUGCUACCACUGCUUCGCAACCAGAAGAAACUGUAGUCGAGGAAGUUGAUGUCAUAACCGAAGAAUCCAUUCCAAAUGAGCAAAACACAAAUACUUCUCAGGUGGAAUGGGAAGAGAACAUCGAUCCUGAUAACAUGACAUAUGAGGAAUUACUCGAUUUGGGUGAGGCUGUUGGUACUCAAAGCCGAGGGCUUUCCGACGAACUUAUUAGCUUGCUUCCCACAACCAAAUACAAGUGUGGAAGCUUUUUCUCAAGAAAGAAAUCUGGAGAGAGAUGUGUAAUUUGCCAGGCGAGGUACAAAAGAGGAGCUCGACAAAUGAAAUUGCCCUGCAAUCAUUUUUACCAUAGCGAAUGCAUCAGCAAAUGGCUCGGCAUCAACAAGAUAUGCCCAGUCUGCAACCUUGAGGUAUUCGCCGAGGAAUCAAGGCAUUAAAGCAUCAUUUGGCUAACUGUUUACAAAAUCGGUGUUUGUUUGAUCCUUCAAAUUUGUUCUCCUCCCCUUUCUUAUCUGUCUUUUUUUUUUUUUUCCUAAUCUUUUCAUAUACAUAGACUAGUUCCCCCUCUUUCUUCUCAUUUACCUUUUAAUACGUUCUGCCGGAGUAAAAAGAAAGGAAACCAAAUAUUUCAACCUCCUAAUAUGAGACUCGGAUUCGGCAUUGAAACUUCCAACUGCUGAUUCUUCUUCUUCUUCUUCUUCUUCUUCUUCUUCUUUUUGGAUAGUUUUUAGUCAUUAACUCCUGAUUUAGCUUCUUGUAGUAUGAUUUAUGACAUACGCAAUCAGUGGAACUAAAGCCAGGUCUACUAGGGCAUGUACUUAUAGUGGUAGAGCGCUUACCCUGCACUCGAGGUCAGAGUACAAGUCUCCCCUUCCUUUUCACCUCUUUUCUAUGAAAAGAGAUGAGAACUUGUGUUUCUGAAAUAUGUAUCAAUUUGGAUGGUGCCAAGUAUUAUUAGUGAAGCUUAAUACCUUUAAGCAAAGUGAUUUUGUUGACUUUCUAAUUUUGUGAAUGAUGGAAAACAUAUUUGUCCGGUA